AAUUACUUCAGUCUUGAAUACACUUAAAAAUAUUAUUUUACGAGAAUAAUGAAAUCUACUUUUUUUAUAAUUGUAGUGCUUUUCGCAUUAAUGUCAUUUAUAAAGUGUGAAGAUGAGAUCAAGCAACUUAGAGAAAAAAUGAUAAAAUACGCAAAUGAAUGUUAUAAAGAAAUGAAUAUAACAAAGGAAGAAGGAAAAAAAAUGAGGGCAGAUCGCGAUUUUGCAAAAGAAAGAUUGCGCUGUUAUUCUGUAUGUUUUAUGAAAAAAUCUAAUGAGUUGGACGAGAACAAUAAGUUUCACAUAGAAACAAUAUCAAAAAUUGAACAUACAUUAUAUCCUGAGAAAGCUGAUGAAAUCAUGAAAGCAAUCUCAAUUUGUAUUGAUAAAGUUAAAAAUAUUGAAGAUAAAUGCGAUUUGGCGAAUGCUUAUGACGAUUGUGUACAGGGAAACGUAGGGAAAAAUUGAGAAAUUAAAUAUUAAAUUACUUAAAUUAUUAAAAAACUGUCAUUUUAGAAAAUAAAUUUUAUUAUAACAAAUUUUUAAAUCAUAAGA